AUGGCAGGUUCGCAGUUGAAGAACUUGAAAAGGACCUUAAAAGAACAAGGCUUCACAGGUCAAGCCAACGUCAAGGGCUCCACAAAAGGUAACAAGAGACAAGCGAGGGAGUAUGACAGAGAUGAGCGGGCCCAGCAAAUUGCCAAAAUCCGCGAGCAGUUCAAUCCAUUUGACAUGAAGGUCAACCGCGACAAGCGAGCUCCGCAGGGCUCGCAGAAACACGCUCAAAAAACAGUAGGCAAGCCGGGUAUCUCCAAGCAAAUCGGCGAGCAGCAACGGUUGCAAGCACAUGAGGCACGCCAGAGCCGUAAAAAUAAGCUUGGUGGUGUAUUUGACCGCAGAUUUGGUGAAAGAGACAAAAACAUGACCCAGGAAGAGAAAAUGUUGGAACGUUUCACACGCGAACGACAAGCUCAAUCUUCUUCAAAGACUUCGAUCUUCAAUCUAGACGAUGAUCAGGAUGAAGAUGAUGCGUUUGGAGGUAACUCGGGUGACCUAUACGGAGGUAAUUUGACGCAUUACGGAAAGUCUCUCGCUUUAGAGGAUGAAUUUGAAGAUGGCGACCUGGGUCUCCAAGAGAGUAUGGCGGCUGGAGAGAGCUCCGAACUUCAAGAUCCUAAGCGUAAGAAAACCAAAGCCGAGGUCAUGAAGGAAGUUAUUGCCAAAUCGAAAUUCUAUAAACAAGAACGGCAAAAGGCGCAGGAGAAGCUGCAAGACGAUAUCCAGGAUGUCGAUGAAGAGUUUGACGACAUCAUGUCUGAAUUGAAUUCGCUUCCUAAGCGUAAGGCUCAAGCUGAAGUCAAAGUCGCUGAUGAUUCCGACAAGCAAUAUGAUACAAAAGUUAGGGAGUUGGGCCUAGAAAGAAGAGCUGAACCUGCCGACCGUACUAAGACCGAAGAGGAAAUAAGGAAAGAAAAUGAUGAAAAACGCUCUAAGCUCGAACAAGCAAGGAUUGAUAGAAUGAAUGGCAUGCUUGAGGACGAGGAUCGUGGUGUCGAAGAUCUAGGUGAUGACUUUUGGCAGGGAGGAGACUCUCAAGAUGAAUUCGAUGAGUAUGCGCCUGACUCCACUCAACAAGAAGAUAUCGAACUGGGAAGUGACUCUGAAGACAAUCAGUUUAAAAUUUCCGAAACCGUAUCACUUUUAUCGUGUCCCCAAACACUGGAAGAGCUCAAUGCGUUUUUGGAAAACCACAGUGCUGGUGAUCACGUCCAGUUAGUCAAGGGUAUUGUGCGGUCCUUUCAGCCACGCUUGGCUGCAGGUAAUAAAGAAAAGCUAGGAAUCUUUACUGGCGUUCUGAUGAGGCACAUUCUAUCCAUUUCAGAGUCCUAUGCCAGUGAUGAUGUCGAAGCGUUUAAGGAAAUGCAAAAUGGCCUGAUUGCCGUUUUAAAGUCUUUGGCUCAAAAGUAUAACGAGCCACUAUCUCUAGCAUGCAGAGAUAUAAUCAUUGAGAUGCAAGCAAGGUUCAAAGCGCAAAGGUCCCAUGGUCUUUCCGCCGCAGAUUUGGUGUUUUUUACGCUGGUUGGUUUCAUUUUUUCCACUUCUGACCAUUAUCAUCUGGUUGUUACCCCAUGCAACGUUCUCAUGGGCGAAUUCUUAGAGCAAAUCAAACUCAACAGCUUUCAGAACAUUAUUUUCUGCGCAAUCUUGGCAAGAAUCUCUCUUUCUUACCAGAGAAUAAGCAAGAGGAUAGUGCCAGAAUUAGGCUAUUUCUUCGAGCGAGCGUUGGUCACGCUGUUACCUUUGAGUGAGACCGAACUGGCCGGGAGAAACCUAGGAAAUUACAAACGCGAUGCCAGCAAUUUGAAUGCUCCAUCGAAAAUACCAGCAAACCCUCUGGAAAAUUAUCAACUAAACCUUCGUCAAAUCUGUCGCGCUGACCGUUCCAUCGAAGACGAUGAAAAAAUCGCUCUGCUUUGUAAUAUCUUAUCCUCAUUAGAUGAAACAAUCUCAAAAGUAUGGAGGGAGUUGACAUGUUUUGCAGAGCUAACUUGUAGUUUUCGUCAGAUCCUCAUGGAAUACACUGUAAUCUAUCCAGACUUUCAAAUGCCAAGAGCCAUCCUUGAUAAAAUUGAAAGGUUGAAUAAGCUUAAUAAGCACUACCCUCUGUCAUUGCAAAACCAUCGACCCCUCAGUAUACCAACUCACACACCAAAGUUUGAAGAAAACUUCAAUCCUGACAAAAAAUCCUAUGAUCCAGACAGAACAAGAAAUGAGCUAAACAAGAUGAAGGCUCAAUUAAAGAAAGACCGUAAAUUCACCAUGAAGGAAAUCAGGAAAGAUACCAGGUUUGAAGCUAGACAACAAAUCGACCAGAAGAAGAAUGAUUAUUCUGACUACCACGCCAAGAUGGCACGGAUUGUCAAUCAAAUCAGUACUGAGGAGGGUGCUGAAAAGAGUAAGUACGAGAGGGAAAAGAGGUUGCGCAGUAGCAAGAAAUAG